AUGUCUACAACUAAAAGUAGUAAUAAUCAAAACAUUGAAGAUAUAAUAACAGAAUUAAGACAAAUUUCUUCAAUUUCAACUAAUAAAUUUAUGAUUAUAACUCAAGAAUCAUUACCAAAUUCAAUUAUAAAAUUUCAAAAUUCUAAUCAUUUUCAAAAUGAUCAAAUUGAAAAAAUUAAAACAAUUUUAGGUAGAGCUACUUUAACUACUAUUAAACCAACUUUAAAAGAUAUGUUUCCACUUAAAUUAAAUAAAAAUGAUCAAUUUCACAAUCAAUUAAUUACUCAAUAUCGUGAUUUAUUUAAUUCAUUAUCUCAAAUGGUUUGUAAAGAAAUUGCAAAACAAUGGAUAAAAAUUAUUGAACCAAACAAACAAGCUUUAUAUCCUUAUAAAAAUUCAUUUAAAUCAAAACCAAGUUGGUGGCCACGUGAUGUUAAUCAUAUUGAACCUGAUCAUUUAGAUAAAUAUGGUAGAGUUGAAGUAUUAAUUAAUAUUUUAAGAUAUCCUUCAUUUGAUUUAAGACAAGUCAAAACUUAUACAUUUGAUUCAAAUUCUGCAAUACCUUCAAUAAUUCAAGAAAUUCUUUAUUUAGCUAUUUAUGAAAGAUGCUUUUUUAACGAAUAUAGAGAACAAGAUGAAUUAUUUGAUUUAAUUCCACAUCAUGAAAGACCAUUGUUUGGUGGUGAUGAAAUUGUUUUAAUGGCUAGCAAAUUAACUAAUUAUAAAGGUGAAAUAAUCAUGGUUAGAAAUAUGUAUGAUGAAAAUUUAAAUGAUGUUGUAUUUGGAUUAAAUCAAGUUAAAGGUAAAAAAUCAAAAUCAAUAAAAUCAGCAAAAAAAUCAACUUCUUCAAAAAUUAUAAAUGCAGCUUCUAAAAAAUCAUCAAAAGUCAAUAAUUUAAUUACUAAACCUAAAUCAAAACUUAAACCAUCAGCUACUUCAAGAUUUGGUCAAUUAUUGGAAGAUCAUGAAUUAUUAAAAUCUAUUAGAGCAAAAAAUAAAAUGGGUAUUCAGCAAUUAAUUAAUGAUGAAGUUGAAGCUAAUCCUGUAAAUGAAGCUGCAAAAUGUAAAAUUGAAGAUAUUUUCAACAAUGAAGAUACAGAUGUUAAUGAAAAUGAAAAAUCUAAUGAAGAAAAUGGUAUUGAAGCAGCAAAUCAAGAUGAAGUUGACAAAACAAAAGAUCAAAUAGAAGCUAAUACUACAAAUGAUCAAAUUGAAGCAAACACAACAAAAGAUCAAUUUCAAAUUGACAUGUUAAAUAAUGAAGAUGAAGUAGACACAACAAAUGAUCAAAUUGAAACUACCACCACAAAUGAUCAAGUUGAAGUUGAAACAGCACACAAUGAAAAUAAAGUUGAUCCAAAAAAUGGUGAAGCUAAUGAAGUUAGAGUCAAAAUUGAAAAAGUUACAGCUGCUGAUGAAACAAGAAUGGAAGUUGAUUGUUGCAACAAUUAUGAAGAUCAAUUAGUUUUAAAUGAUGAAGGAAUGGAAUGGGCAAAUGAAUCUGAUGUUGAAUCUAAUGAAGAGCAGGUAAUUGAAAGUCAUGAAGAAGUUACAAAAGUCAAAAUUGAAGAUGAUACUGAAGCUAUUAAAAGACCUGAAUCUCAAAUUAGAUUAGUUGAGGCUUGUAAUUCAAUGGAAGAAGAUACUCAAGUUGAUUUAGUUGUUGAAAAUGAUGAUCAUAAUUAUGCUAAAUUAACAGCUUAUGGUAGUUAUAUGUUUGUUGAAGAUGAUAAUAUUGCAAAAGAAGGGUGUAGUAGAAGCUUACAAGAUGUUUCAAAUUCUACCUACACUGAUGAUAAAACUCCUACUGAAGAAUUACAAUAUCAUGAAGAAAGUUAUUCUCUUCCAAAAUUAGGUAGUCCAAUUCAUUUUGAAUCAAGUUCUCAUUUUAAUAGAUCAGAUACAUCAACUCCAUUAAAUUCACCAACCAGAGAAAAUCAAUCAUCAGUUAAUGUAAAACAAGAGCCUGAAGAAUUAAGAUAUUCAACAACUGAACAAUUAUAUGAAAGAAUCAUCAAUCAACAACCAUUUGAAUGUCAAGUAGAAUCAAUUAGUCAUGAUCAAUUUUUUGAAGAUCCUUUAGAAGCUCCUUUAGACCAUGGUCCUCAUUUACAAACUAAUAAUAAUCAAAAUUUUCCAACGUAUGAUAGUUCAAAUAAUUCUUAUUUACAAACCGGUCAAAAUCAAAACUUUCCAAAUUACGAUAAUUCAAAUAAUUCCAACAACUUUUAUUAUCCAAACAAUGUAGGAGCUAAUUCUUUUGAUUACAAUUGUUAUGGAGUUGGACAAAUGGGAUAUAAUUUGAAUGGAAAUAUUCAAUAUAUCAAUCAUCACAAUAAUUUUAACAAUGUUAAUGCCGCUCACGAGUUAUACGAAUUUAAAUACCCACCAAACUCAAUUCACAUGAACUCACAACAAUAA